UGUACUCAGGGCCGUUACGCCCACAACUGCGUCUGGGACCUCCUGAAGUAACCCUGAAACUACCUUACUUGGAAUUGUUGCUUGAAUUCUGGGUUAUGAAGGGAAUGGGUAUCACGAACAAGGCAGGCAUCGAGCUGGGCUUCUCCCUUAUUGCCCUUUGUUUGAACAUCCUCGCGCUUUCCACUUGGCUCGGUUUGGCCCGUUCCGGCACUCCGCAGGCCCGCGCCGCAUCCUCAACCGCAACUCUCGGUCCAGUCAGGGCGUCAGGGUGUCAGGAUGCAGAUAUGCAGCAAAGGUUGAAAGCAUCUUGAAGGUCUUGGCUGGGAGCCCACCCACUAUACUGCCCUGAGGGAAAAAGGGUGGGUACGUGACUGGCAGAG